ACAUUUGCCCGCCGAACGCACGUACGUCAAAACGUCGGAUGUAAACAAACAGGCGAAAACCGAACAUACUUUCUCGUCGCUGACUGCGGGAAAACCCCCCGUGUACACACAUAUUUUCACGAUGGAAAACGUGAAAACUCACCAUGAGCAGGAAGUGACGGGCGUGGUGUCGCGGAGUGGUCGUGUUUGCAAGAAACCUACCAAACUGAUGGACUUCCAAUCGCCGGAUGAUAUUGAAGCGAAGCAAAAGAAGCUGCCAGGCUCUUCGCAUCGGAAUUCGGCCAAACUGUCCUCUUCUCAGGAAGAUGUACACACGGAGUCGGAUGAGAAUGAUGAUGAGUCCCACACGAACGGAUCAAGCGGAAUCGAAUCAUCGUACAGCAGUGAUGAGGAUCCGAUGGAGCUUGACGACGGGAUGGAUGAUGGUGAUCGAAGCGAAGGCGAGCUAGUGAUUGACUCUGCAUCGAAGAAAAAGGCGGUGAAAAAAAGGAACGAUAAAAGCAAACGCUCCGGUCGUGUCUCAAAAGCGGGAAGCCGAACCGCUACCAAGCGUAGGAAGGCGAACAAACGUAGCUCGACCCCACACAAGAGGAAGGAGAAACCCGUCCCAGCAAAGCCUGCCGCCGGUUGCUUGCCAACCGAUGUAGCGGCACAUCUAAGCCUACUGGGCGACAGUUUAACCAUUAUCGGGGAACGGUUAAAGGAACACGAAGGACAGAUAACCGUUUCCGGCAGUUUGUCGGUACUGCUGGACAGCUUGAUUUGCUCGCUCGGACCGCUGAUGUGCCUGACGCUUCAAAUACCGGGAUUGGACCGUAAUUCCGACCAUCUGCGGGAACUGUUCCGAUCCACGCUGGACAACAUUGCCUACGUAAUGCCCGGUUUGUAGACGGCAUUUUGUUUCGUAUUAAUUCUUCCAAUAUUUUUAAUUUAAUACGUGAUACUUUUAGUUCUAUUUUAUUUUUGGAAAUUUGAAGAAAUUAUAAAUAUAAAGAAAAAAAAACAACAUGCCCUACUGGUACUGUA